CUUUCUUCACGUGCGUCAGUUUUGUUUGUGAACCUGUUCGAAAUACAUGGCGAAAAUAAAAAAUAAAAAGCGCAAAAAUGCGGACCACAUCCACACGAAAAAGGAAGCUAUGCAGAAAAAGAAGGAGAUGAACCCCUUCGAAAUUCAUGUCAACAAAGAGAAGAUGCGGGUUUUGGGGAAAAAACAGAAAAAUGAUAGAGGACUGCCGGGAGUGGCGCGUGCCAAAGCUAUUGAGAAACGUAAACACACGUUGCUGCAGGAAUACAAAGUUGCAAAUAAAUCGAACAAGUUUAUGGACAGGCGUAUUGGUGAAAAGAACAGAGACAUGACUGAUGAAGACAAAGUUAUGGCCAGGUUUGCUGCGGUUCGUGUGAAGAAACACAACAAAAAGUCCAUUUUCAAUCUGGCCGACGACGAAGUGUUGACUCACAGGGGCCAGACUUUGAGUGAAAUUGAAAAAUUUGAUGAUCCCAGAUCAGAUGAUGAGGAUGAGUUUGAGGAAAAAGGUAAUUUGGAUAAUGAUUUUGUGGAAGAUGCUCAUUUUGGUGGUGGGCUUUUCAAGAAAACUGGUAAUGAAGGUGCUAAAACGCACAAAGAACUUAUUGACCAACUCAUUGCUGAGUCCAAGAAAAGAAAAGCAGAAAAACAGAAAGCCAAAGAAGCUACACUGGAACUAACAGAGAAACUGGAUGAAGAAUGGAAAGAUUUGAUGCCACUCUUGAAUAAAAGUAAAAAGGGUGAUGAAGAUAAUGAAGUAAAACCAAAAGUAGAUGACUAUGACAAAGUAAUGAGGGAACUGAGAUUUGAAGCUAGAGGUACAGUAUCAGACAGACUUAAAACUGAAGAUGAAGUGGCCAAAGAAGAAAAAGAGAAACUGGAACAAUUGGAAAAAGACAGAUUGGAGAGAAUGCAGGGUUUUGUUGAAGAGAAAAAUAAUAAACCUAAUCACAGGAGUGCUGAUGAUUUAGAUGAUAAUUUUGUCUAUGACUCUGACCCUGAUCCUGAAUAUAUGCUGUCUUACAAUACUGAAGGAGAAUCAAAUGUGAAAGUAGAUGGAUUAUUAAAUGGUAAGUCCAUUGAAGCAAAUGACAAAAAUUAUGCAGAAAGUAAGGAGGAGGAAGAUGAAGAAAGAGAUGAUGAGUCAGGAGAUGAAGAAUCAGGUGAUGAAGAGUCAGAGAAUGAAAAUGAUAACUUAUCAGAUUUAAAAGAUAGUGAAAGUGACAGUGAUGAAGAGUUAAAUCAAUCUCCUGUCAAAAAGCAGAAAAUAAAUGGAGCUGCAACUAUAGCUACAGGCAAUAACCAAAAUAAAGAGGAAUCAAAAGUAGUGGAUGAGAAUCAAUCAGACAUUCAAGAGUGCAUUAAAACUGAUCUUUUAAAAAGAAAAGAAAUAAUGGAAAAAGCCAGAAAUGAAUUACCAUUCACAUUUUCGUUACCCACAUCAUAUGAAAACUUACAGAACACUUUCAAAGAUCAGUCUAGCAACCACCAAUGUGUGAUAAUAGAGAGGAUGAUUAAAUGCAACCAUCCAAGUUUAUCCCAAGGAAACAAGGAUGGUUUGGGUGUACUUUUUGCCUAUUUAUUGCAACACUUAAAUGACUUAGGAAUAGAUGCAAUAGAUGCCAAAAGCACAACAUUCUGUUUUGAGGUGUUUUCAGCUUUGGUGCCCCAAAUAUAUGAUUUGGCCCAACUAAAUCAGGAAAAUGCGCAUAAAUCUCUGCUUGAAGUGAUCAAAGAAAAACAUGAGGAGUACAGAAAAACUUGUAGACAAUAUCCUGGAGUUGAGGUGCUUUUGUUCUUAAAAUUGGUCAGUAUUCUGUUUCCUACUUCAGAUUUUCGGCAUCAGGUGGUAACACCUUCAUUCACAUUCAUUGAACAAAUGUUAAACAACUGCAAAGUGAAUAGAACAAGAGAUAUUGCUUAUGGACUGUUUUUGUGCACAUUAGUAUUAGAGUACACCAUGCUAUCUAAGAGGUACAUGCCAGCAGUCAUUAAUUAUUUGGGAGGUUUACUUCACAUGAGUAUACCCAAAUCUGGUGUUAAACUCAUAAAAGUAAACAGACCUUUUAAAUCUACCUUCAAUCAGCUGGUAUUGUUAGAAAAAAGUACAAAUGAUUUGAAGAAUUUCAAAAUGCAAUGUACAGAUUUACUGGAUCAGGAAAUCAUCAGUGAAGAGUUCAAGAUUAGGUGUUUUUACACAACUGUAAGGUUGUUACAGGAGUUUGCCACUAACCUUAAGGAUGUUUCAAGUGUGGUGGAGAUAUUUCAAAAUGUACAGUCAUAUUUGCUGUUAAUUGAUGAUGUAAAUUAUCCUGAAGCAGUGUGUGAAGAAAAACAAAAACUGCAGAAGCAAUUAAAUGAAAUUCAGGAAUCUAGAAAACUUGUAUAUAUUGUGAUGGAAGCUAAAAAGCCUAAAGCUUUAAGACUUUAUGAACCCAAAAUUGUGGCAGUGUAUGAUGGCAAGAGACAUAAAGUUCAAUCUAGAGAAAAAGCAGAAAGAGAUAAAAUGCUGCAUAAAAUCAAAAGGGAAAAGAAAGGUGCUCUCAGAGAAAUUAGAAGGGACAAAGCAUUCCUGGGUAGAGUUAAAAUACACCAGAAAUUACAAAGUGAUAAAGAGAGAAAGGAGAAGGUUAAAAAGAUCUUUUCAGAAGCUGCCAUGCAACAAAGUGAACUUAAGUCUCUUGAUAGACAAAAUAAGCGUAAAUAAUAAAAAUAUAUUUGUUAUUUUAUUAAA